AUGGAUCCCGUGGAGCAGUCCAAGUCGCCCAGCGAUCAGAAGCAGUACCGCCUUCUGACGCUCUCGAACUCGCUGCAGGUGCUGCUCAUCUCCACGGCCCAAGUCGCGCACGUCGCGGCUGCUAUCGCCCGCGAGAGCGAGAGCCAGCACGAGGACGACCACGACCCGAGCUCAAGCAGCGACUAUAGCGACGACGAGGGCGACGGCAAUGACGACGACGACGACGACAGCGACGAUCAAAGCGGCUUUGGGGAUGCAGGUGACGCGCACGACGGGGCACCUCAACGUCGUGCGGGUGCGUGUCUCACGGUCGGUGUUGGCAGCUUUGCCGAGCCGAAAGCGUUGCCUGGUCUGGCCCACUACCUCGAGCACAUGGUCUUUAUGGGGAGCCAAAAGUACCCGAACGAGAACGCAUUCGAGUCCUUCUUGAGCGCUCAUGGCGGCUACAGCAACGGUGCAACGGACAAUGAAGUGACGAGCUAUACAUUUGAAGUCGGUCCAGCCCACCUGGCGCCGGCGCUGGACAUGUUUGCACACUUUUUCAUCUCGCCGUUGCUGAAGAGAGACGCCAUGGAGCGAGAACUGUCAGCAAUCGAGUCGGAGUUUAGCCAAGCGACGCAGAACGACCGGAUUCGCACGCAGCAAAUUUUGUGCGACGUGUCACCUGCGGAUCAUCCGUACCACCGCUUUAGUUGGGGAAACCGAAAAAGCCUACACGAACUGCCGAAAACGACGGGAACUGAUGUGCGCAAACACAUAUUAGAGUUUUACGAAACGUACUAUUCGGCCAACAUCAUGAAACUCGUCGUGUGCGGCGAGAACGAGCUGGACGAGCUGGAGCAGUGGGUGAACAAGUCGUUUAGUGCGAUACCGAACAAGCACGUAACGGUGCCGUCUUUCGACGCAGCAGGUCCACCGUUUGGAGCGAAACGAGCUGGCGCGCCGUUUUUGUGUAAGAUUAUCCCUGUCCGAGAUAUCCACACGCUCCAUCUCGACUGGAUGAUCCCACCAGUCCUUGGGCAGCAUCAUCAAAAGCCCGCGGACUACUUGGCUAGCCUCCUGGGGCAUGAAAGCGAGGGAUCCGUGCUAUCGCAUCUGAAGGAGAAGGGCUGGAUUUCUGCAGUAACAGCAGGUGUGACCGACACAGACGGUUACGACAGUGGCACGUACGCUGCAAAGUUCGACAUCACUAUGAAGCUAACACUAGAAGGCAUUGCACAUUGGGAGGAAAUCGUGCACGCAGUUUUUGAGUACCUACACAUGCUGAAGGUAAACGGCUGUCCGGAGUGGGUGUUUGACGAGCUGGCAGCGCUGGCCGACAUUUCUUUCCGCUUUCAAGAAGACGAAAGCGCGGUCGAGCGAUGCGAAGAACUGGGUGAAAUCAUGCAGUCAAUGUUCAAAGUCGCACCGGAAGACAUCUUGCGUUAUGACCUUUUCAAGGGCGUCUUCGAGGCAAAACUCGUCGAGGACAUCAUACACCACUUGACUGCUGACACCGUUUGUGUGUCAAUCGUGUCACAAACGUUCGAGCAAUCUCCUGCAUUCCAGGCGCAGGCAGUCACGGAAGAAUGGUUUGAUGUACGGUAUACGAAAGAGGAUAUUGCAGACGCCAUUAUCCAGCACUGGGGUAGCGCAGAAAUGAACCCCAAGCUGUACUUGCCUCGGCCGAACCUGUUCAUUCCGCGCGACUUCUCGCUCAUCGACACGACAGGAGCCGAGGACCUCGUGUGCGAAACGACGACGUUUGGCAAACUAUGGUACAAGCCGGAUCGUGUGUUCGGUACACCUCGCACCCACGUUGCGCUGUUGCUGCACUUGCCAAGUGUGGUGGCCAACGUCGACAGUUGGGUCCACACCCAGUUGUACGUCAAGCUCGUUCGAGAUGCGCUGAAUGAGUAUGCAUACCUUGCAACAGUAGCUGAGCUCAUGUAUUCUCUCCAAGUGAAGGAUUCUGGGCUGGAAUUGGUCUUUGGCGGUUUUAAUGAUAAGCUACACCUUCUCGUCGAUGUGGUGGUUGCGGCAUUGUUUGGAACUAAGAUCAGCGAAGCACGGUUCGAAGUAAUGCGCGAAGAAUUGCUGCGCGAGUCGAAAAACUCGAUCACGAAGGUUGCUGAGAAAGCAAAAUAUCUCCGGUUGCAGUUCUUGGAAAAGCACUCAUUUCCUCUGGAAGCGUGUCUGGAUUCGAUGACGGUUGCCACAGUGGAGUCCAUGAGAACCUUUGUCUCUGGUCAACUUUGGGCAGGCAAGACGGGGCUAGCCAGCUUUGUCCAUGGAAACACAUCGCAUGCUGUCGCUUUGGAAUUGAUCGCCACGGUCGAGAAACAGCUGCAACAAGUAUCUGCGCCUCUCCCUGUGCGUGAUUUCCCCCGACGUCUCAUCAGCAAUAUUCCACAGACGCCGGUGGGCUUUCUGUUGAAGGAGCGCAGCGAAAACAAAUCCGAGACCAACACGCAGGUGGAGCUGUACUACCAGAUCGGGCCACUGACCUUACGCAGUCUGGCUUACGCUGACUUGUUGCAUCAGCUGAUGGGAGAGCCACUAUUUGAUACCCUUCGUACCAAGCAGGAGCUAGGGUACGACAUCUCGUGCACUGUUCGUGUGACGAACGGUAUUUUGGGCUUCGGUGUGAUGGUGCAGUCAUCGCUGUUCGAUGCCGAAUACAUAUCUACGUGUGUUGACCAGUUCAUGGUUGACUUUGAAGAGGCGAUUGAAGCAAUGGAGAACGAGCACUUUCAGGACCAUGUUCAAGCGCAGGUUCUUUUGCGGCUCGAGCCCGAUCAUAACCUGCUCGAGGCGACACAACGCUACUGGUACGAAAUCGCAUCACGCCGACUUGUGUUCGACAUGAAUGCCCAGCUUGCAAAGGAGAUGGAGACACUGACCCAGAGUGAGAUGGCGCAACUUUUCCGCGAGUGGAUCCUGCAACAACCCAAAAAGUUAUGCGUCCACGUUAUUGGCCGUGGUAGCACGGCCGAAAAAGCAGCCCGUCAAGAACACAAAGAUGCCACUAAAAACGAGCUAGCGGAACUGCGUGCGCUGCCUCGACCCAUUCGAAUUCGCGACUUGUACCUGCUCAAGUCGGAGUUGUCGUCCUAUCCUGACCCCAUCGACGAGAUCAACGCGAUGGAAGCAGAUGGUCUUGACAAGCGCCUCGCCUUGUAG